AUGGCCCCCGUUCAGUGGCAGGCCGCCGCUUCGCCAGCAAACCACCUCUCUAUUCGACAUUAUAGCCACUGCAGUGGUUGGUAUUGUUUCACACCGGCCGAGCAGGCUGGUAUCAUCAUAAGUGUCAUCACGGUGACGAUGGUUGCUCUUUUUGUGUGGAUGUAUGUUUUCGGAAGAAUUACCAUGAAUGAGAAGCGGAAAGCACCUCGACAAGGAGGAAGAUUGCAAAAUCAUUCUUCUACCCAGAAUGUCCCUAUCCCUCUCUUCCAGCUACCCCAAGUCCCGAGUUUUCCGAGUUCUAGAGUCACUUAUCUCCCGAUUCCUUAUACCCGACCAGGUAUCCUAGCUGCUCAAGUGCCAACCCAGGGUCAUCCAUUUAUUAUUCCUCAGCAGCCGAUAUGCAUGAUGAUCCCCGUGGAACCAAUGGCAUACGGUUAUCCUCAGCCUACUUAUCACUCAAGUACCCAUCAUGGCAGCCACCCUAACGACUCCACUCUUUACUACGCAUCAGCUCAAGCAUCGGUCUCAUCUUCGUAUAAUCUGACCCCUCGCCAACCCACUUGGGUCCAACGUGUCUGUCGAGCCUUUGGACUGCCUAUCGGACGAGCUUCGACGGUAGACACCGAAUCCGUACUUGAGACUGAAACUUCCUUGGAGACACGAUCAGAGAUCUCUCAGAGAAAUUCACAGCUCAGUCGCCUAGAGCCGUCUGCACAGGGUGGCCGCGGUACGGCUCACGACGACCAGAAACAUCACAGAAAUAGGGAUCUUCCAAGCAUUUCAUCAGGGAGCAAUGAUACCCAACCAGAAGAUAUCAACAGAAUUCAGUCACCCGUGUCCAUUGCAGCCACAGUGCACAGUGAUGAUUAUGAUACGAUCUCACACUCGAAUGCUGCAAGCGGUGAUUUGCGACAAAAUGUUAGCGAAUCACACAUAGGAGGGAAUUCCACAGCUACAGACAGUACAGCCGUAUCGGAGAGUCAUGCCUCUCUCGUAUCUAGCAGUCGUCUGUCUGCAAGCAGCCCUACCAAAAGACUAUGUACAUCCACACCAGAUGCAAUCACCGGACACCAAUGUACUAGCCAUCAGCAGCACUCUGCAUCAAUGAUUCGCCACGGAAACAGUGUGUCCUCCAUCUACCCAGGUAUCAAGCAAUGCAAUGCCAGAGACCGCGAAGUCAAAAGAUCUGCUCUAGACUACACAUUUGGAUCUUUAGCAGAAAGACCCGAAAGCAAUGCUGGGCCCCCCGCACCACAGCCCACGCAUCAGCGAGAACAUUAA